GCAUCAUUCAUCUGGAACACAGAGACUGUUCAAAAAUAAACACAAAUCAAAAGAUGGCAGGUCCUGCUAAGACGAUAACCACUGCACUUUUACUCUCUUUCCUCCUCUUAAAUUCAAGCCUUAGUGAAGAUACAGUGGAGGAGGACUUAGGAUCCCAUCAGCUGCAGCGACUGGUGGAUCUGCUGACAGUUCAUGAGUGUGAAGAGCUUCUCAUGAGACUCUCCAAACCAGAGGAACAUAUCUUCAGUCAGCUCAAUCACUUGUCUGAAGAAACAAACCAAUUCAGUCUGCCAUCCCGCAGACCAAGAGAUACAGAUAAAGAGUCCCACUGUCAUCCAGCUCUGAUAGACUGGCUCAGGACUCAUGCUGAGCAGAUGUAUUACGACAGACUGUCUCACACUCUUCAACAGAUCGGAAGGACUGACAUUGCAAUAGAGAUGGGAAAGAACAUUAACCAGGACAAGACUCUGGCCAUGCAGCGCUAUGUUGAGGAAUACCAUGAGCAGAUCAACAAAAUGGUAUCCCAUGUAGCACCCUCCCAAGCUGAGGAAACAAGUCACAAAGAAAAACAUCAUUCUGCAAAACAAGUAAGGAGCUUGUCCUGGAAGGAUUUGGACCUCGUGGUGGCAAGGCAGCCAAUGCCUCCCUAUCCGCGCCACAUGCUGGAUGGUGCAUGGCCUCUGUUCUAUGGCCUCAUUCUUGGAGUUGGUGGUGCACUGCUCUUAGGUGUACCUUUAUUGCUCUUUAUUUUACAUCUACCACUAUGUGAUCUGUCCAGGCAAUCCUAAUCUAAUAAUACUCCCGGCACCAAAGACAGCACAUACACCAUCGUUCCUUUCACUUUGAUGUUGUUCGAGCAUUAGAGAAGAUUACACUGAAACCAGAGAACUGAAAUGCAAAUACU